CACACACAGGGAUCCUCCUCCUGUAGUAGUACUCCCCAUGUUGCCACGUCCGCUCCCCACAUGCGACCUUGAUUGUGUUUUUUUUCCAGGCCAUAUUGCGCGUCUUUCUUGUGGGAUCUGGCAACACUGAGUACUAUCGAGACAGUGAGCUGCUGCUGCUGUGUCCGUGUGUGUGCGCGCAAUAGUUCGGCUGCCGUGCGGCCUUCAUGCUGUUAGCACGCAUCUAUACAACACAUAGCGUCAAUAUUUUGCUUAUUUAAAGCAUAAAUGGCUUCCGGAGCCGAGAGAGCGGAGCCUGGAGACAGCGAACAGGAUGAAGAAGAUGUAUAUGAAGUGGAGAGGAUUAUUGACAUGCGAAUGGAGGAGGGAGUGGUGCUGUACCGGGUGCGAUGGAAGAACUAUUCAUCGGACGAUGACACCUGGGAGCCUGAGGCACACUUGGACGACUGCAGGGAGGUGCUGCUUGCCUACAAGAAGGCCCUGGCUGAGAUGAAGCCAAAGAAGGAAACUGGCAUGAAGCUGCCCAUGAAGAGUGAUCUGUUCGAUGCUGAUUCUGAGAGUGAAAGUGACAAAGAAAAACACAAAGAAUCACCUAUAAAGAAGAAGAAAAAGAAGAGAGUUGAGGAAUCAGAUGAUGAGAUGCCUGUGAAGGAAAAGAAGAAGAAGAAAAAGGAGAAAUGGCGGGAAGAUAAGCCUCUGCCUGCACCUGAGUCUGAUGAGGAGGAGAUGGAGAGCAGGGAUCCUUCCCCUGCACCUCCUAAAAAAGACAUGAAGAAGAGGCUCAUUGACUCUGAUGAGGACGAUGCCCCAGUUACUCCUAAGAAACAAAAGAAGCUUGACAAACAUAAAGAUGGAGGAAAGCAGAAGAAAGAGAGUGGAGAGGACCGCAAGAAAAAGAAACUAAAGUCAAAAAGAGAGAUUGAUUCUUCGGAUGAAGAGGAUGAGAAGAGCGACGUGCCCUCUGAGUCCCACACGGAUGAUACGACGAACACAGAAACAAAUGAUUCCUUCAAAACCACUACAGCAAAAACCACAGACAAAUCUGUGAGGAGUGAGAGUGGAGGUGAUCUCAAGCAGGCCAAGCAGAAAAAGGCCAAGUCUGACCUGAAGCUGCAAGGUUUCAAAGACCUGAUUCAAGAUAAGAAGCCUAAAAAAGUAGAGGUUUCAACAGCCACACCUAAAGAAAGUGGUGCAAGCAAGCACAAGAGCUUUACUAGUAGCAAGAGCACUAGCAAGUCUUCUCGCAGCGAGGAGGAGCCCGACUCUAGUGACACGGGGGGAGCUACGUCUGCACCCAAGUCAAAGGUUAAAAGCAAAGGGCAGGAAGCAACCCCACCUUCUCAGAAGCUCUCAUCUGCAUCUUCCUCCUCCUCAUCCUCCACAGCAUCAACAGCCCCCAUCAAGGCCAAAGACGAGGAGCCGAAGGAAGAAGCUGGUGAGAAGGGAGGCGCCUCUAACUUGUUUGAGAAGUUCCUGUUGAACUGUGAAGCAAAAGAUCGUGUACCAAGGAGACAAGCAGACCAGAACAAGAAUGCAACUCCAAAGGGUGCAGGGAAAAAUGACAAGAAAUCUAAAUUGUCAAAGCAGUCUCCUGCACGGAAACCUGAUUCAGACAAGACUGAGAAGGCAAAAGAUGUGCCUCGACCUGGUCAGAGUCCUGUCUCUUUGGAGAUCGAUGAGAAACAGGAGAAGGGUUCAUCUGAGAUGGAGAAAAGUGAUAAAUCAGACGAGCUGGCCCCCAAGUCUAAGGAGGAAUUACAACGAGAGCAGAGAGAGGAAGAGCAAAGGAAGAGGAAAGAAAAGUUGGAAGAAGAGGAGAGAAAGAGGAAAGAAAGGAUUGAAGAAGAGGAGAGAAAGAAGAAAGAGAGAAUAGAGGAAGCCCAACGGGAGAGAAAAGCACGCAUGGAGGAGGCACAAAGGCUUGCAGAGGAGGCCCGGCAAGAGCGGCUGGAAAGGAAGUCCAUGACUGAGUCAAUAGCGUCUCCUGACUCAACAGAAGACUCCAGAUGGAAGGACAAGAAGAGGAGAAGGAGGGAUGACAGUGAAUCACGGGUCUUCACCGCCUGCGAUGACAAUCAGGACUCUCAGGAGACCAUGGAGCGCUCAGACAAAACUCCUGACAGGGGACCGCCAUCUCUUAAUCUUGGGGUGGAGCUCAAGCUGGACUGGAUGACACUGGAGGACUUUCAGAAACACUUGAAUGGAGAGGAUGAGAAUCUCUCUCCACUGGCCUUAACUCCCACUGAGCUGCGAGAAGCAGUGAAGAAUGGGAAUUACCUGUCGGUAAAACGUGCACUUAGUUCCAAAGAGGACUACAAUCUGGACCAGGAGGACUCUAGCGGCAUGUCCUUAACACUGCUGGCUGCUGCAGGCGGUCAGGAUGACAUACUCAGGCUGCUCAUUAAGAAAGGAGUGAAGGUCAACGCUAGACAGAAGAAUGGCACCACUGCCCUGAUGCAUGCUGCUGAAAAGAACUUCUUGACAACAGUGGCCAUUCUCCUCGAGGCAGGAGCAUCUGUAAAUGCCCAAACUCUGGGUGGAGAAACGGCUCUCAUGAAGGCUUGUAAGAGGGGCAAUGCAGAUGUGGUUCGCCUCCUGUUGGAAUAUGGCGCUGACUGCAACAUCUUGUCUAAACACAAGAACACUGCCUUGUACUAUGCCAAACUUAGCAACAAUUUGAUGGUGUAUGAUCUCAUCAAAGACCACAUGCAAACGUUAUCAACUGUGGCGGAGGAGACAAUCAGAGCUUAUUUUGAAACGCGGCUGGCCCUGCUGGAACCUGUAUUCCCUUUGGCUUGCCACAGAUUGUGCGAGGGGCCAGAUUUUUCACUGGAAUUCAACUACAAACCCCCUCAACACACACCCGGAGAAGGAUCUGGCAUCCUGCUUUUUAUCUUCCAUGCAAACUUCCUUAAUGAGAUCACAGCUAGACUCUGCGGGCCCUGUAGUGUACAUGCUGUCGUCCUGAAUGAUAAGUUUCAGCUGCCCAUCUUCUUGGACAGCCAUUUCAUAUACUCUUUCAGUCCUGUUCAGGGAACCAACAAACUGUUCAUCCGUCUGGCAGAGUCACCCACAGCAAAGGUUAAACUGCUAAUUUGUGCAUACAGAGUCCAACUACAGUGAUGCCACAGUCCUCCCUUCCAGGUCAAAGGUCACUGCAGAAGCUCGGCCUCCCCAAGAACUGAGACUUUUCCUACACUUGACACAUGCUGAGCAGGAGACAAUUUAGAAGUGGUUAUGUUUUACUUUGGGGAAAGGCUGUAGUACUAACAGUUCAAUAACAACGGUCACAAAUCUCAGUGUGACUUUUAAUACGUGCUUGGUUAAGUGCUGCAAGUGUUUAAUGAGUUUUCGGAGGUCUGAUUUUGGAUAGCAACUGCAUUAGACAUGAAGGUCAGCGAAUGUGACACAUUGGGUUUGUAUCUGAAGGUCAUUUGUAAAUCUUGUUUGUAAAGUGUUCCUUUUAUUUUUUUUCUCUUUUAAAUAGAAUAAUUUAUCACUUCAGAUUCACCUACUGUUUUGUUUUAUGUUCUGUUCUGUUUAACCCGACCACACGCUCAUCUGAUGUGCUUCUGUCUUCAUUGCUUGUGCAGAGUGAGUGAUGGAAUGAGUGAGCAGUUCUUGUCUCCCUGUUGCUUUGUGCUUGUGGGACUGUGACAAAACUAGACCCAAGUGUGACUUUGAACUCCAGAGUGGGUGCUUUAAAAUGCAAGUUUCCAUAUUUUGUUUCCUGAAAAUAUGAUGGUUUUUUUUAAAGGCAUGAACUAGUGGCAUGAAUCCUAAAUUGGACAAAAUGAAGCCAUUAUAGUUAAAGAAAUGUUUGAAUGUAUACAUUUGGGUUGUGAGCUAUUUUAAGGGCUAAUUUGUUUUUGCAUUGAGAGGAGGAAGAUUGAAGUCAUCCAGGUAGGAGUGAUCAGUAGAACAGGUUCUUUUAAUACUGAUUAGUAGGGAUCGUGACCCUUUUCAUGUACAAUAUGUACCAAUGUGUUGUCAGGCAGGUUGUACAUCAGCUCAGUUUAAUUUCUUAUCAGAUUUCGCGUUAGAGUGUAGUUAUGUAACUGUUCAACAUGCAGCACAUGAGCUCAGGUCAUCUUCUGGUACCGAUCAUACAGAUUACAUGAGUGUAGUUUUCACAAAAAUUCUGUAAAGUUAUUAAUGACUGAACUAAGAGUCAGAUCGGGAAUGCACGGCUGGGCUCAUCUCGAAAGAGCUUUGAAGCGCAGUGAUGUUCUUUUAUUCUGUUGCUCAUGGCCUACCUCUCUUCGUCCCGUCAUUAUAUUAUUAGUAAGUGAGAGAAAGACUGCUCAUUGAUUCACUUCCUCUUUUGACUACAGUAAAUAAACUGUACAUAUAUUUCCAUAGCAAUCAAUAUUUUGUCUUCUCUCCUAUUUACUAUAGCAACAAUAAAUAAACAGUUGUUCUCUUAA